UUUCCUUCUCUCAGAUGGUUUCCUCAGUCAGUCAAAUGGAACCGUGCAGGCUGCUAGAGGAGUCUAGAGUGAGUGAGGGGCUGAGCUGAACUGUGACGAGGUCAGACUGGUCUUUUGUUUACAGUCAGUCAGGGGAGAGGAGUGAGACAGAAGCGAGACCGUGCACAUACAGCAGGAGAGAGAGAAAGGAGGUAGAGAUGUCAGAGGAUGUGGUUUUCCUGAGCUUGCAGAACAUCAUAGAGGCAUACUUUGAGCAUGACUUAAACAAGAGGAGGCAAAGUGUAUCCGCUGCUCGCUUAGCUCCUGUCACAGCUCUGCUGGUGCCGCUCGCGAGAGGAGAUAGACCGGUCUGUUUAGGGGUUUGAAACUCAGAAACACAGGACUGCUUUUUUCUUUUCCUUUUUGUGUUUGAACUGAAAAGCUUGCAUUCUGUUUUGGAUUUACUUGACAUCAGAAAGAGGCUGCAAAGGAUUUCAUCAGAGACUCAAGCAGAGAAUUGCCUCUCACUGACAUGAGUCCAUCUACAACUAGAGCUUGCACAGCCAUCCACACCUGAUCACACAGCACACCUCCAGGAUCUGGUCCCCAACAGCUUCAGUACAGGUGAGUAGAGACACCAGUGAGAUGGGCUGCGGACUGCCCAAGUUGAAACGUUCUGAGGACAGCAGUCCUGGGAAGAUCUACUCCACCCUCAAGCGCCCUCAAGUGGAGACUAAAGUGGGCGUGGCAUACACAUACCGCUUUCUCGACUUCAUUCUUGGAAAAGAAGGGGCAUCUGGACUCUGCCUCUCCACUCUGAGGGAGUUACCCACCCAGCUUCAGGACCUCUACCAGCAGGGGUUUGUUUUAGCUGCCGUGCACCCCUUCAUCCACCCCUGUGGUUUGGAGCAUGCCAGCGUCCAGCAUCAGCUCUACCGGGCUGUGCUGAUCCGCCACUCUGACACUUCAGAGAAGACACCGUCAAACUAUGAGCCCAGCCGUCUAGAAAUUGACCUGUGCCUGUCAGCAGACCAGUCACCCAACACAAGUCUCAUACAGGGCUACGUGAAAAAGAUCCAGGAUGCAGCAGAACAAGGCGUCAUGUUUGUGGGUUUCGUCCAGCAGCCUGGUGCAGUCUCAACCCCAGGACAGGCUGGCGCAGAGGAAAUGUCACUGUCCCUGCAUUCCAGCCCUAGCUCUCUCCCCGGUACAGAGACUGAGCUAAACCACAGCCCCCUGUCCCCAGAGGGGUUGGAACUCCAGGAUUUUGCUGAGGAGACUGGAACAGAAGACAAACCCUCAGCCACUGAGGGUGAAGAAGUACAUCCAGGGGAAACAGAGACUGAGACUGUGAACCCUGGGAGUCCCAAUGGGACAGGUGCAGGGGACAGUCAAGAUGGCGAGCCUGGUCUCUCUGACCCAUCUUCAUCAGUAGACCACCCAGGCCAACAUACAACAGCAACAAAGAAUGACAGCCUGAUGCAUAACAACAAUAAAGCAAAGAACCCAGAGGAGAAAGACACACACACCAGUCUAUCUUCCUCCAAGAAAGGGAUGGAAGUCUUCGCCUUGUUUAACCACCCCGGGGCGCACCAGGGGCUGCUGAAGUACUACACCAUUAAAGUCCCCCUACGGGUCCAGCUCCAGGAUGAGGGGGUCAGUGGUGUGGAGGCCAACUGGCUUGAUCACAUGACACAGCACUUCAACAGCGGCGCGUCGCUAGUCGAUGGCUAUUUCCAUCUGGGGAGCGAAAACGAUUUGAUGGCCAAAUCAGUGGAGAGCGUGUUCAUCUUCCAGGAAGGGCUGGAGGGGGAUGCGUCCUACGAUGCCAUCGUUGUUGAGCAGUGGACCAUCAUUAACGGUUUGGAGGUGAAGACAGACUACAUCCCACUGCUUAAAUCUCUGGCUAUGUAUGGAUGGAAACUCACCUGUGUGCUGUCUACACCCAUUGUCAAGACCAACAGCGAUGGGAGUUUGGCCACCAAGCAGAUUGUUUUCCUCCAGAGACCCACCCUGCCUCGCAAGAAAAGGGAUUCCAAGAAACUGGGCUUCAAAGCACGGAGCAAGUCCAAUAAGAACUCUGUGAAAGAUGCUCCAAAGUACAAGAAGAAGAAAAAUGGCCCCUCUGUGCCAGAGAAAGAGACGGAGGAACAGAAGAUAUGUGAGGAUGAGGAGAGGAUGUGCAAAGAAGACAGUGAGAAUGUGGUGAAGAAGAACAAUGAAAACAAGGAGAACAAGAGGCAAAGUACAGAGACAACGAGCGAUGGAGAAAAAGAGGCAGUCUUAGAGGCAGAGUCUAAGGGCAAAGAGGGUGUGACAGUGGUAGAGGGUAAAGAGGAGAGAGGGACAGGGACAGAAGGAAAGAUGGAGGAGAGAAGAGAUGAUGUGGCAAAGACUGUAGAGCUGAGAGAGGCAGAUAUUAUAGAGGGGAAAGAGGGCAGGGCACUGGUUGAAGAGGAGGGAGAGGGCACAGUAGAAGCAGAUACUGUAGAGGGAAGAGAGGGUGGGGUUGAAGUUGAGACUGAGAAGGAAGUUGCCCUGGAAACAGAGAACCAGCAGGGGCAGGGAAGAAGUACUGAUGGACAGGAUAGAGGAGCUACAGAACAGGAUGGGGGAGGGGCAGAAGAUCAACAGGAAAUGGCAACCAAUGGGAAAGGACAAACGGAGGAUAGAGUAGACUGUGGGGAUGUUGUGCACAUUGGUAACGUGACAGAACUUACUAUGGCCAGUUCCCAUCCAGAACUUAGCAGCACUGAUGACCCUUCUGCCAGCACUGACUGAGGUUGAGCCAGACUCUAAAUACUGGCUGUGAAGACUGUGGAGGUAGGGGGGGGGGGGGGGUGGGCGUUGUUGUUAGAGCUCCAGCCAUGACCGGGUGGCCAAAUGCCAUGUGAAAGUAUUGAGUCUACAGAAUUUCCCAUUCCGAAGUCUAUCACAAAUGAACGUGAAAAAAUGUUCUGUAUGAAGUCACUCAUUAUAAAACAAUGAAUUAAAUAUAUAGAACAAGUAAGGACUAAGAUACAUUCAGAAAAGAUCUAUCGCAAAUGAAGGACUUACUCGCAGGACUACUUAACCCUGUGAGGAAUAAUGCUGGUGAUGUAAAUACCUUGGUCACUGGUAGUUCCUGUAUGGAACUGAUUAAUAUGGGGUGUUCACAGAGAAAGGAGUGCUCUCAGUGUAGGCUUUCAUUGUGAGAUUAGAUAUCUAACUUUGUGAUAUCAUUUAUCCUGAAUUUUCAUAUAUUAUUGCAAGAGAGAAAGACAAAUUUUCAAAUAUAUAAUAUCAUUUUGUUACAGCUGAACACUGUACAGAAAAGUAAACCAUAAAUUAAAUAUUUGAGCACUUUCUGUAAGGCAGUUAAAAUGUGUUUGAUAUUGCAGCAUUAUUUAAAAAUGUUUUGGCCUAUGGAAAAUGAAAACAUGCUUCUCUUUUCUUCUCUCAACAAUGUGUUGAAAAAACAAACUCCUUUCCCAGCACUUCGCUGUAUACAGACAGUCUUCUCAACCUCAAGAGCAUACUUUUAACAGGGGCCUUGAAAUAAGCAAAUUUAAAAUAGAGCCAUGACUGAGAUGGAUAAUUGGCCCCAAUGGUAAGACACGCUAGCCAUCUUUUAAGUAUCUUCUCAAAUGUUUCCCCCAGAGCCUGGAGUCUAGUUAUUUCUAUCACCACUUACACAGAGCCACAUGAAUAAUGGAGCGGACCGAGUUCAACAAUGUCUGUGAUCAGUUAUGUCCGCCCUAUCACUUAAGGGUCUUUUUGUGACUAGCCAAUCAUCAAGAUGACUUUUCCCAUGUUCAGCUGAAGAGUGAGUCCACAGUUGUCCUUCUCACAAUCAGGACAGCAGCUUAGAGCAUGAAAUAAAUAAAGAAAUAAAUAAAUAGCCCAGACACUUGGUAUGUUAGAGGGGUCUCACUCAUGUGCUAUUUUGCUUAUAAUCUUUAAGGACUUUCAGAGGGCCAAUACCAGAUUCACUGUAGGAAUGAAGGACAAAUAUGAAAUGAUAUUACCCUCCUCAUUGCCCUUCCUUCGUCACUGAAGGCAAAUAUCCGUAAUAGGAGAAGACAAUAACAGAAGGCCCACACAUUAGUGGUAAUAUUUUGGCGUGUUUAAAUAGAUGUAGGUGAGCCCACAAGCUCAUAUGAAUAUGUAAUGUGGUUCCAUCUUUAAUCAAAAACUUUGCCGCAGUAAAGGUAAGCUGUAUGCUUUACAAUAGGGUUGCCUAACUUUGAACUCAGUUUGAGUUCAUGGAGAGGCAGGGUCAUAUCGGUAAUGUAGGUACCCUCUUUCCCACAGACUUGAAGGGGUUACCCCCUUGGAUAUGAGAUUUGUUUCAUCAGCCAGGGGGUCAUGUUUAAACUAUUUUAUGGAUUUUCCACUGUCCUCCACAGAUGGAAGUGAUUUCACUGUAUGUACACUGUAGUUUUCCAAAAAGCCAUGUCAAAUUGCCUUUUUUAUAGUUUCAGGAUGUUUUCUCCCCUAAUUUCUUCAGUGGAAAUGUAUUACCAUUCAGAAAAUGUGUUUUAUAUUAAUAUCCUCCCUCAGUAACAAAAUAAUGUGUCAAUUGGAACACCAAGAGACACAAUGUUUUAUUUUAGUAUAAAAUAUUUUCUGAAAGGUAAAUUCAGUCACAUUUUGCCAUUAUUCCAUGAUAUUUAAGGCUAAUAUUUGAUUUGGGUUUUUAAAAAUGAAGAGUGAGGUGUGGCUUGGGAACUGUGCAAUGUAAAUGAGAUGUUUAACAGAUUCCAUGUCAAGUGAGUUAUCAAUAAGUGAAGUACACAAGUACUCCUUUAGAAAUUGCCAUGGGUUUAACAGUAAUAUGAUUUUUUUUUUGUGAUUUUUUGUGAGAAAAGAUUUAAAAACAUGUCUUUUCUUGUCUAUUACAGCAAAAUGAAAGACUGUUGCCCUUUGUCUGAUAUUAGUGAGCUUUCAACAAUAUAUGUGUGUUUGCUUUGACACAGUACUUUUAGAAACUAUAUUGAUGACUACAAUCAUGCGUUGCUGUGGUGUCCAGCCGUAACUGGAUUUCUUGGUGAUUUUCAGCAGAAUAAACAACAGAAUAGUUUGGUGGAUGAGAUUUGAAGACAAGGUAAUCAUCCAGUGAUAUUAUACUACACAGCUAUAUAUCGCUACACAUUGAACAGUCAAUUGUGUUGUGAGCAGAUUCCUCGUUAUGUCAGCCAUAGGGGUAGUGUAAUGUGAUAACCAGUGAACAUCAUAGCAUGCCUUUCAGAGGAAUUCACAUGGAAAGUUAAAUAAGAAGCAAAGAAGAUAUAUUGGGUCUCCAUGUGUCGUUUUUGUCCGUUAAAUUUGCUUGAACACAGCUUUCUGGUGCUGCUCUGACUGAAGGAAACUCUGACUAAUUUGGACUUCAACUGUGUUACUGAGUGCACUUCAUAGCCAGUUGUGUAAAGCAGAAAUAAAGCGUGUACACCAUUUCCUGUCUUAUGUAACCCGCAAAGCCUCAAAGAUUUAAGGCACGGCAGUUCCUAUGUCACAGAAACAUCCAGAAAAUAGUGUUCAGAUCUCAUCGUGGCCUGUGACAGUGUUUGUCAAGAUAAAGUAGAUUUUUGCUCAAACAAGUCAAGUGAGGUGUUGUCCUGAAUGUAUAAUUGUAAAUAACUUCAGUAAAGGCAUAACACCCACUCUAGAAAUUAAUACUUUGUUAUAUGUAUUUUAUUUUUCAUGGAGGCUGCCAAUGUUACUAAAUAUCAUGGUUUAAGUUUAGUAUAAUGAUGUAUUUGUCUUCUAGAGUGUCCUGCCUAUGCUGAAAUUAAAUCUACACCAAUGAAAUGGCACCUGCUGACUCAACAGUUCAGCUAACAUUAGAUGACUUUAGGGUAAGAAAAGAUUGCUAUAGCUCAGGUCAUUUUUGCCUGUGCGUGGCAUUUUUUGAGGAAACAGAAAUGGUUUUUGUAUUUCAAUCUAAUACAGGUGUAAAUGCUGUCAUGACCACAUUAAAUGCUUUACUAUCAUUCUCUUCAUAGUCUUUAUAAAGCUACUGGCUCAUUGGCACUCACAUUUUCUGUAUCUGUAAAAAAGUGUAUAUUAUAAAUCUGCUUUAUAUUUAAUUUUCAUUUGCCUUUGUAACAUGAAUAUUUUUGUUUUACUAAAUGAUAAAUGAUGUUGCCAUGUAUUUGACUCAAUAAAUGGAAGUAAAACCCCCCAAUUGAA